AUGCUUUGUGAUCAUGCACGUUGGGUUAAACAAGAAUACGAAAAAGAUGAUCUUUUACUGAAAAUAAAAUCAAAUAUUUUUUGUCGAGUUUCUAAUGGGUCUGAGAGUUCUCUUGUUGAAGCUAUCGCACACUUAAUCGAGGCUUCUUUACGCCAGUUACCACUUGAAUAUGAUGUUAAUAUGGUUAGAGAUAAAAAACAAAGCAUUGUUAGCAAGAAUCAGAAG